AUGGGCUUCACACCACUGCGGGUGUCGCCGGAAGAGGCGCCGGAUCUCAUCCAAAAUCCUAGCACAUGGAACUGGACCCCUCUAUAUCGUCACGAGUGCUCCUUCGCCCCCGAAAUCUUCAAGGCUGUCAUGCUGAAUCUGAUUCGUCAUCCCAACAUCAAUUCCAACCAUCUCUUCCGCGCCGAUAUCAGUUUCGACGAGCCGUAUGACCCCAGCAGCGUAGCAGCAGCAUCAGCGGGAAGAGUAGGGGGAUUGAUAGAGUUCCAAGGGUUCAAAACAACGCGCGUCAUACGACGUGUACUCAUACCGCGGAACAUGCUCGUAGAUAAGGCUCUGGAGCAAACUUGUCUCUUUUCCGAGCAGAUUGGCCCCCAAAACACACGGUCCGUGGUGACAUAUCUUCCCCAUAUAACGAGCGCUGCCGAAGCCCCUUUCUACCACCCGGCUGUAUUUGGAAUUGCCUUUGUCCACGAUUCGGGGUCCGCUGGUAGCCAUGGAAAUAUCUCCAUCUCGUAUGCCUUCUUUGAUGCCCAGCCGCGCAUAGAGAAGCUGGAGAGGACCGCGCUGCACCUCUUGGCCGUCUUGCACAAACACGGGCAUGGCACGGCGGCUGGCUAUGUAAAGCGAGUUCAACAUGAUGUCCUCCUAUCACAGCCAAUUGUCCAAAACACCUAUGCGCGCCUCAAGGCGAAAUACGCCAAGAUCCUAAUUCAGAAUUGGGCCGAGUCAACUGAUCCGGCGAAGCAUGUCUUUGAGGAUCUCGGCAUCGCCGCUUUCCUCAUCGAGCUGUGGAAAGAGAUUUAUGCGAGAGAUGCAUUUCCGGGGUUCGUCGAUAUUGGCUGCGGUAACGGGCUUCUGGUCCAUAUCCUCUCCAACGAAGGCUACUCGGGCUGGGGCUUCGAUGCGAGAAGGCGUAAGUCUUGGGAUACUUAUGAUGAGAAAAACGCUGGUAGAUUACGAGAAAUGGUCUUAAUUCCGUCAAUUCUUCGCCACUCCCGAGAAACUUUGGUAAACAAUGACGCGCAUGGAUAUUUAGCAUCCUCCCUCCAGACGCCAGAUGCAGGCUCGUCGGCUCCAGUCAUGGAAAGCCCAGUUACCACGCAUGAUGGGCUAUUCCCCUCCAGUCCCUUUAUCAUAUCGAACCACGCAGACGAACUUACCCCCUGGACUGCGCUUCUCGCGACGGCGUCCAGAUGUCACUUCAUGAUGAUCCCAUGCUGUAGUCAUAAUCUUACUGGCGCGCGUUUUCGAGCGCCGCAGUUGAAAAGUGCUCGAGCGCCGCAAUCAGCCUAUUCCACUUUGGUCACAUGGCUCUCUCAUAUCGCCACGGACUGCGGCUGGCAAGUGGAGAAAGAGAUGCUUCGCAUUCCUAGUACUCGUAAUACGGCGCUCAUCGGUCGGCGGCGCUCGCGGCCAUUUGAAGAGAUAAAUCUCCAACAAGUGCUGGAGUCCUACGGCGGCGGCCAUGGCUGGGAAGAGAAUUCCAGGAAACUCCUCCGAGGCGCCGUGCGCGGGCAUUGA